AUUCACUGGAUGUGACGAGCAGAGAGAGGCAUUCAGCGGAGCUACUCGCAGCCUGGCUCAAGUGGUGGGAGAGCUCCAUCAUCCUCAGCCUCUCUGACCAUCCAGUUGGCAGUGACCCACAGGCCAUGAGGACUGCUCAGAGACAGUGAGAGGACGUGAGAGGGCCAAACGUUCUGCCCCGCAGUCUAAUCUCCUGCCCUGCCGGUCCUGCCAGUCAGCCAAAGGGUUAACUGUGAGCGGAUGCCUGUAUGGCUGCCUUACUGAUGCCACGGAGGAACAAAGGGAUGAGAACUCGACUGGGAUGCCUGUCUCACAAAUCGGAUUCUUGUAGUGAUUUCACAGCUAUUCUUCCUGACAAGCCCAACCGUGCACUCAAGAGGUUAUCUACAGAAGAAGCUACGAGGUGGGCAGAUUCCUUUGAUGUACUUCUCUCCCAUAAAUAUGGAGUGGCUGCAUUCCGCGCCUUCUUGAAGACGGAAUUCAGUGAGGAGAACCUGGAGUUCUGGUUGGCCUGUGAGGAGUACAAGAAGACCAGGUCAACUGCGAAACUGGUCUCCAAGGCCCACAGGAUCUUCGAGGAGUUUGUGGAUGUGCAGGCUCCCCGCGAGGUAAACAUCGACUUCCAGACCCGAGAAGCCACAAGGAAGAACAUGCAGGAGCCAUCCCUGACUUGCUUUGACCAAGCCCAGGGCAAAGUACACAGCCUCAUGGAGAAAGACUCUUACCCCAGGUUCCUGAGGUCCAAAAUGUACUUAGAUUUGCUGUCCCAAAGCCAGAGGAGGCUCAGUUAGACCUCAGAUGGGGACUUUUGGAAAUCACUGGCUUUCCCCCUCCCCUUGCUGCCAAAACCAUAUUCUAAUGUGAAAUGUCAUAGGUGUUCAAAGGCAGUGGCAUUGAGGAGGUUGGGGAUAAGGAAGGGAUGAAGGGUCAUCCAGUAUGACCAGCUGCCAGGGCUCGAACUCUAUUCUAUUUAUCCACGUUUGUGUCUCAGUUAGUGGUAGCACCUUGCUGCAGUUGCCCUUCCCUG